AGAGAAAGACGCCGACAAUCAACGUCGAGUUCUUGCCUCUGAUGAUGCCAUUGUGACUGCUGCGAAUGAGGAGGUGUCAACGUCGGAGGCAUCGACAAGUGCCCCAGCUUCAACAAGUGGUGCUGCAUCAUCGUCGUUGUCUCUUGUUUCGGCUCCACAGCUCCGUGAUGCAUUGAAAUCGGUUGGCCCGUUGAAAUUGGGCACACCUGCGCCGAAAUCAAAACGUGGCCGCAAGACAAUGGAGUCAACGAUUUUGACAUCGCCUGAGGUUGUCGCAGAUCUGCAUGACAAGGCCGAAAAAAAGCGGCAAAAAUUGAGGAAGGCAGCCGAUGAACAAGCAGCCAAGAAGCAAAAAGGCCGUGGCAAAUCGAAGACGCCACGGAAGAGAAGCCCGUCUCCGACCAAAACCGACAUCGAAGAGGACUUCGAUUUUUGCACGAUUUGCAAGAAAAAGAUGCCGAAGCACGAGAAUCGUCAAAACACGGCCCAUUGCAUCGUUUGUGAUCGAGGGGUUCACUUGAAAUGUGCCGGACCGAACCAGAACACUUACACCUGCAUCCACUGCGAGUCGGAAUAAUUUUUUUCACCAAUUCCUAUUUUUCUUAUU